AACUUCGCACAUUGUUUAUCGUUGCUUGGGAAAAAUAACAAGAUUGGAAUGCAUUCUCCAAAUUUUAAUCCAUUCCUCCUUUCAAAUCACGUUGUAAGCCGGUGUGAGAAAUAGGGUGCUGUUUUUCGUUCGAGUUCGGGGCAGAUCUCCUUUCAAGGUUACCAAGAUAAACAGUCAUCAUUCCUCCAGCAACCAAGCCCCAGACCAGCAUGACCUCCAAACAGAAUGGGGGUUACCGCUCACCAUCUGGGAAGAGUCAUAAUCGAUCCAGGACCAGGAGUUAUGAUUCAUAUGAUGACUACACGGACUCCUUUGAGUCAGAUACGGAGGUUGACUUGAAGAAAUCGGGCACAUCUUCCAAGACAUUCAACAAGAAAAAGCCCGCCGGAACAGGUACCACAACUACUAGUAAUAGAAAACCAGCAAAUUCUCGAGCUAGAAACAUAAAGCCAACUCCGAAAGGCAAGGGCCAAAAGAAUGGAAGAGGUUCUGUGCAAGUUGCAUCACCCAGAGACAUGGACGCUGUAUCUAAACGGAUGCUGUCCGCAAGACGACUCAAAAUCAACGAACUCCGAAAUCAAGUGGAGGAAUUAAAUCUGUUAGUUCAGGAUCUAAAACUAGAAAAUCGGACGAUGAAACGAGAUUUCCGUCGACAAGAUAAAGCUUUAUCGCGUUAUGAAGUCCAGGAAAGUGAAUUGCCGUCUUUGAUAGCACAGCACAGUGAGGAAGUGCGGACACUUCGAGACCAAAUAAAACGGUCUAAAGAAAAGUAUGAGAACAGUAAUAAGCGAUAUAAAGAUCUUAGUGAGGAACUGCAUAAAACCAAAAAACUACUCAAACAAUAUAAGGAUCUUGCCGAACACAAAAAGUUAGGGGAACGCGAUGAGUUAGCUAGGAAGUUGACACAGACGGAAGUAGAAAUGGAUGAAAAGGAUAAAAAAAUUAGGGACUUAGAAAGGUACAUUGACAAUCUUCAAAAAAAUCAACGCCAUGAACUGGCCAUAGAAAUCCACAGGCAUCGAGAGACACAACGACGAGUAGCACAUUAUGAGGAUAUGAUACAGGGAUUGGAGACUCAAAUCAAGGAAAAGGAAAAAAUCCUAGAUAUCAAAAACAUCUAUAGCCACAGAAUAGUCCGUCCUCCCCACAAACUUCCAUCUGGUGCAUCCACCCCACUGUCUAUGAAACGUAGCAAGAGAAGUUCACUGUCCGACCAUAGGUUGACGCCGCGGGAAAAAGUGAAACAGUAUGAAGAGAAAAGACGGGAGGAUGAUAGGAAACAAAGAGAGGCAAGACUAAAUAGGACAAGAGAGAACGUGUUUCUGACCCAGGGUUCUCCAGUUUUGGAAGAGCAAACACCCCGUACAGUGUCGGCCAUAUCCACACAAACCACACCUCCUCCCCCUGCCAAAACUCAGGAGGAAUUGAACUCAAGAUCAACAACUCCCUCCCCUCCAUCAGUAAAAUCAGAAUCAGAUGGAGAGGAUGUGGAACGUGAGCGACAGAAGGGUGAACUGAUCAAACGCAACCAGGAGUAUUCAAGCCGCAACAGUAUUGCUCAUGAUGAGGUCGAGGAGGAGGCACGUGACUCUGCCGAGUGGCAGUACAGGAAAGAUAAGGAAAGGUGGGAUGCUGAGGAGGAGGAGAAGCGGAGAAGGGCAGCAGAGCUGGAUGAAGCACGGCGGAAAGAUCGCCAGAUGCAGGAGGCAAGGGAACGAGAGAGGCUGGAAGAGCGAGAGAAAUUGGGACGGGAGCGUGCUGAGGAAGAGAUGAGAAGGAAGCGUGAGAGAGAGGAGGAAGAACAAAGGGAGAGGGAGGAGAGAGAGAAAUGGGAGAGAGAGGAGAGAGAGAGAAGGGAGAGGGAGGAUAGGGAGAGAGUCGAGGAAGAGAGGAGGUAUAGGGAUGAGAGAGAGAGAAGGGAGAGGGAGGAGAGAGAAAGGCGGGAAGAAGAGAGAGCGUGCAAGGAGAGGGAACGCAUGGAGAAGGAUGCACAGUUUCAGGAGGAGAGACGGAAGAAGGAUGCCCUUCUUGCAAAACUGAGAGCACUUGAUGAAAAUGAUUCUGAUAAUCAAAGCAAUCUGUAUAAGCAGAAUAAACCAGUUGAAAAAAUGAAAUCUGAGCGAACGAACAUCAGCUCUUCAUCUUCGAAAAAGAGUUACGCUUUCACUAAACCGAUUGAGAAUCUACACCAAGGUAAACCGUCGCAUGAGGAUAAUUCGAUCCCCUAUAUUGAGAAGCGGCGCAGGAGUGGUUUUGUGGAUGAGGAUGUCCCAUAUCAGCCAUCUUUUGACGAUUCUAAUGCCAAUAACCAGCAAGCGAAGAAGAAGGCUGAUCUCAUGAAAAAUCUGUUUGGUGAUAGUGCCGUAACGUCUACAUCUAAGAAAACUGAGCCAACCAAGCGAGGGGUAGAUCGCCCAGAAGUCGAUGAUUUGGAUGGAGGAAAUGAGUUCUUCAUGACAAAAUCAAAUCGCCAACCGAGUAAAGAUGCUGAUCUUGCCUUCACUUUCUCUUCUGGUAACAAUCGGGGUAGAAAUGAAAAUGGUAGCAGUGACUCAAAGUUGUUACCAAGGCGUCAAAGUCAGCAGCCAACGACAAUAACGAAGCCGACAGUAAGUUUGAUUGAUGACCCUGACGACCUCGAAGAGGUCAUAUUAUAAUCUCAAGUUUUUGUUCAGAUUUCGAUUUCAUAAACUCUUGACUUUUGCACAAUAAAUGCCUAAUGAUUUUGAUAUUCAGUCCAUUAUACUAUCCUGCCUUAAAUCGACUCACUUGGUCACGAGUUGAAAUUGUGAAAUCAGUAUUAUCGAUGAGACAAUAGGACGUGUUGAUUGAUCAAAAUGACCUCUUUUGAAUUGUUUGUACCAAUUCUACAGCUGAAUGUGCUAAAUGCCAAACAAACGGAAGACGGCUGUAGGUGUCUUUUUUAUGAUCGUGUGGGUGUGCUUUUAAAUAUAAUUCUGUGAUCAGAAAUUUGCCUUGAUUAUCCAAAAUGAAAUUUGGAUGUACAUGUAGCUGUUGAUACAAAAUGUAAAUCUGGCUGUGAACUGUUUAUGUUACGUAAUCGUAAAUAUCGGUUUACAAACAUGUUCUGUAUAUUCUUUGCCUUUUCUAUCGUAAGAGACAACUUUAAGUCAAUGUUGUUUACAUCAAGGGAUGGUUUCAUUUAAGGAAUUGAACCCGAGGCGGAGGACCUUGGUUGAGUUACCAAGACACUCGAGGGUGGAGCUAAAAUACAGUCCAAACCCGAGCCGACAGGCGA